AUGGGCGCUAUGCUUCCUUUGGUAGGCAGACACGGCAGGAGAGCCCAGGGCCCAAAUGUUCGCAUCUCGGUAAUGACGCGAGAUGCAGGACCGGCCGGGUUUAAACGAAGAGAGAGCGAGACUCACCCCCAAGCUUUCCCGAACAUUGAGCCUUUGAUUUCCCUUCAGCCUGAUUUCCUUGAUUUAUUGGAAAGUUGGGGGCCCGUAAUCCGUUGCCAAUGCCAUUUCGGUCCCGUCUUCUCUUUCGUCAGAACCGAAGCCGCGAUUCCCAAGGCCAAGUGGAAGAGCCUCGGCAAAAUGACCCAGCGACUUUGGGAAAUUCCUCAUCCAGGCACGCCAACGACUAAUCUUGGCCCAACUUCCAAGCCCGGGCCAACAAGGCACUUGAAUACAGAUCACGGAUCGCGCGCCAAGCGGUUGUUUCCGAAUGCAUCCUGGUCGUGCGACGCGAGGGUCGGUCUUGACCAAAGCUUCUACCAAUCCCUAGUCCCAAUUCGUCCCUUCAGAUUCCUUGGAUGUUUGAUCUUCCACAGUGUUGACUGUUUCAACUCAACCACGACGACGACAAUUCCCGCGACACGGCAAGGCGAAGAAGGAAAGGAACAGCAUCCCCGUUCCGUCCCAUCCCAUCCAUACCCCUUCGAAUCAGGAAGAGACAGAGACACACAGAGAGCCACAGAGAAAGACGGGAAAGAGACCAUGACGGAGAAACGUCGAAUUGCCGACAUAGCAGGGGUAUCCGUACCUGGAUUGUACCCACGCCCUGGACAAUUCCGCAGUUCCCACAGUUGCAGAACAUUGAUCCACCGAUCCAUUCAACCCAGCGCUGCCAAUCCAAUCCCAUCCCGUCUUCUUCUUCAUCGAUCCCAGCCAAUGACGGCUCGGAUAUUCGUUGACAUGCAUUGGCAGGCCAAAGGUGGGCUAGCUAGUCUGCAAGGGAUCCGCAAAAUUGCCGUGUUUGUCGUGUGUCGAAAAUUCCCGCCCACACGGCUGCUACACCGAGACUGCGGGACUUUUUCUCCCAAAGCACCGAAGGUUGGAUGGGAUUUUCCAGGUUCGUCUGGCAAGCGCAAUAGCAUCGCUUUAUGCAGCGACAGGACGACUGCAGAACACUCGAAAAAGGAAAGACGGGCAGUAGAACACGGCACCGAGAGCGAUCCCGCCAUGUCUUGGCGACUUCUGGUUGGGGAGGCUUGGCUGAAGCUGAAGCUGACACACGAAGCCCCGUGGCUGGCCCGGCUGGGAGUUCUGUCACCACUAUCAUACUUUGGCGUGUACCUCAGCAAUGACGAUUUCCAUAAACUCUCCCGGCCACCCUCUCCCAUGCAGGUCCAGCACAUCAAUGGGACUUUUUCACAGCCGCAAUCGACAAAGGGAAGAAGCAAAGGUCGGACGAAGAUUGAGUUCCCAGGCGGGAGGACUGGCCACCAAUUGGCAACGAUGGGGAGAGAAAAGAGACACGAGAAGGAUGAGAGGGAAGGGCAACACGGCGAAAAAAGAGCGAGCAAAAAAGAAACCCCACGGCAACUGAAGCUCCAGAACCCCUGUUCGAUCGAGAGGAUUGAUGGGGAUCGAGUGGGUUCCCUGGGGCUCUGCAGGGGCCCUGCCAUUGGAGCAAGGGGACCAUCCUCGUCAGCUUGCUGCCCCAGGAACUCCUCUUCUUUUCAUUCUAGCGUUGCUGCUAGUGUUUUCCUAUCGUGGCAGGCAUCUCCAUGGAACCGAACCGGUGUCCACCCAGUGUGCCAUCGGAAAAGUCAGGACUCGCCUCCUCCUCCUCCAGGCUUGGCUUGGGACGUUUGUGGCUCCUCCCACGAAUGCCAGACGAGCAUGGCAAGCAGCAAAGGGCCAGCGACAGCGGAGCGCGACUUCUUUGCAGCGUAUUACGCCAGAGAUUGCACACGGAUCAUCCAACGGGUCUCUUUCGCGCAAAUCUCGCUUUUGGCCACGUUGGUCCAAUGGCGUCUUCCCGGUUUCCCACUGACUAGUCGAGUCCUCACUUCCGCUCGCUCGUCAAGUCGUCGGAGGUCGGAGAGUAAUUCACAGCUGGGUAUCCGCGUAGGAGGAGUCGUGGAAACUUCGUUGGAACGGGCAAUCAUCCAUCCAGCUCCGUCUGGAACCAUAAUCCAUCGUCAUCUCGCCUCCGACUGCCAUGCUGUCCCUAUCUUUUCGUCGAGGCUACUCGACUACUCUGUAUUACACGCUGCCUUGCCCAAGAGCAAGGCCAGUCAGGCCCUCCCCCAGGAUACAGCCAGAACGAGCCAAGUGGCGUUCUUGACUUCCGUGGGUGAGGCAUUUGAUGGACGCCAGCCAGUCCGGUCGGUCAAGCCAGGUUCAAGCGCAAAUGAGGACAUAGGGAUUAUACACCGCGGGCACACCGCACAAGCUACAUUGCUGCACACGCAUACGGCGCGUGAACGGGACCCCAAUAUCCCGCAUCUGACUUUGCAGGUUGAACGUCGCCGAUUCAUUUCCCACCCCCAUCCAAUAUUGCGGUGA